UAAUAGUAAGAUACUUUGAAACUGGGUCAAACAGAGCAUUUAUUAAUGGUACCUCUUCCACCAUGAGAGAAAUAGUUUACACUAUUUUAGACACAAUAUUUUGGACACAUCAAUCCCACCAAAUUUGAACAGUCAAAGGAGUGAGACAAAAUGAAAUUUCCACUAGAAUCUUUGACUCUUAUGUAGAAAAGCCACAAAUAUAAUGAGCUAAUUUAAUUUGACUCAGUUUGUGGCAUGUGGCAACCCACAAUUGUUCAACAAAUGGCUAAACUACAUUAAUAGAGACAAUCCUGUGAAAUCCUGUUACUUAGAGGUGGUGGCAAAGGAUCCGAUAACCCGGCAAAACGCAACCCGAAUCGCAGGGUUUCAAAACCAAUUACCCCAAAUCGGAUCCAGUAAUAUCUCAUCAGAUUCAAAUGUCCAUUGGGCUUGUUUUCUAUCCCAGCGUAGUCGAUUACUAAAACUCUGAUGGAAACUGAUACAGUCAAUUCAGCGUUAGAGUUUAUAAAAAAAUACAACUCAAUCAAGCCGAGCAAAAAAUUCGGCCCAUUUCCGUAAAGAGCAAUCUUUAAAUGGCUAUAACUUUUCGCUCCAGCAUCCGACUUCAACAUGCAACUCUAAUUUAGGAAACACUUUUUGAGGUUUAUGUGUCAAACAGCAAAGCAGUUUUGGCCGAGUUUGGGAUCAAAAUUUAAUUGUUUCGGCCUCUGUUUUUAUAUUUUUAGGUUAUUUUUACAAAGAAUUGGUUUUUUACAAAGAUUUUUUCUUACAAAUAUUAUUUUGGUUUUUUCGAAGAAUUAAUUAGUUCUUCGUGUAUUCCUCUCUUUUUGUCCUUAUGCUUCUUUUCUCUCAAAGCGGUUUAGGUCUGCGUCAGAAUCCAAUUGAAAACCUCGCAUGUUCGGUUUCUGGUCGGACACGGGUCAAAUUUAUAUGGCGGGUUCGGUUUUGGAUUCGGAUCCUUUGUUAUGUAGACUUUGUACUUGGCAUUAUAUAUAUGUAGCAGUUGUGGAAAGUGAAGAGUGGGAAUCUGGGAGUAUCUUCUCAUUCCCACAUGUAGAAAUGGCUACACCAGAAGGCCAUGAAGCAAAUGGCAAUGAGAGAAAUUCGGGUGCCGAUGAUCCGGACCGCGCCCGGCUCCGCGAGCUGGGCUACAAGCAGGAGCUGAAGCGCGGCCUCUCGGUGGUGUCGAACUUCGCGUUCUCGUUCGCGAUCAUAUCGGUGCUGACCGGCGUGACGACCACGUACAACACCGGGCUGCGGUACGGCGGGCCCGCGUCGGCGACGCUCGGGUGGGUGGUGGUGACGGCGAUGAACGGGUGCAUCGCGCUGGCGAUGGCGGAGAUUUGCUCCGCGUACCCGACGUCGGGCGGGCUGUACUACUGGAGCGCCCGGCUCACCGGCGAGGACUGGGCUCCUCUCGCCUCCUGGAUGACCGGCUGGUUUAACAUUGUUGGACAGUGGGCUGGUACUACAAGUGUGGACUUCUCUCUAGCCCAGCUACUCCAAGUUAUCAUUCUACUGAGCACAGGAGGAGCCAAUGGUGGAGGGUACUUGGCAUCUAAAUACAUGGUGCUAGGGUUCCAUGGUGGCAUCUUGUUGUUGCAUGGCAUGAUUAAUAGCCUUCCUGUAACAUGGCUGUCAAUCUUUGGCCAAAUUGGUGCCCUCUGGAAUAUGUUAGGUGUUUUUGCAUUUGUGAUUCUAAUUCCCAUUGUUGCUACGGAGAAGGCGAGUUUCAAAUUUGUGUUUACUCACUUCAACACAGAUAAUGGUGAGGGGAUACAUAACAAGCUCUACAUAUUUGUUUUGGGUCUCUUGAUGAGCCAAUACUCCAUGGCAGGAUAUGAUGCAUCUGCUCACAUGACAGAGGAAACAAAGAAUGCAGACAGGAGUGGAUCAAUUGGGAUAAUAACUGCAGUCAGCCUGUCCUCCAUCUUUGGCUGGGCCUAUUUGAUAGCAAUUACAUUUGCAGUGACCAACAUACCAUAUCUUCUGGAUAGCAACAAUGAUGCUGGAGGCUAUGCAAUUGCUGAAAUCUUCUACCUCAUAUUCAAGGAAAGAUAUGGAAGUGGAGCUGGAGGGAUAGUCUGCUUGGGAGUGGUGGCAGUUGCCAUAUUCUUCUGUGGUGUCAGCUUAGUCACAAGCAACUCCAGGAUGGCAUAUGCCUUCUCUAGAGAUGGAGCAAUGCCAUUUUCAGCAGUCUGGUACUCAGUAAACAAGCAGGAAGUCCCUGUAAAUGCUGUCUGGUUAUCUGUGGUUCUCGCAUUUUGCAUGGCGCUCACGUCGCUGGGCAGCUCCGUCGCGUUCCAGGCGAUGGCGUCGAUCUCGACGAUCGUUCCCUACAUCGCCUACACUCUGCCGGUCUUCUUCAAGGUGACGCUGGGGCGCAAGUCUUUCGUCCGCGGCCCCUUCCAUCUCGGUCGGUACAGCGCUGCCGUCGGCUGGACUGCAGUUCUCUGGGUCGCGAUGAUCACCGUCUUCUUCUCGCUGCCCGUGGCGUAUCCGAUCACCAAGGAUAACUUCAACUACACCCCUGUUGCCAUCGGGGGAGUGCUCUUCUGCACUCUCUUCUCCUGGUUCUGGAGUGGUAGAUAUUGGUUCAAAGGCCCCAUCAAAAACAUUCAUUAGAGCACGUUUCAAACCUCCAUAGUUUUUGUUUUUUUUAACCAUUGGAAUGUAACAGUACUUGCUCUGAAAACAUUGAAGGUAUCGUUUUAU